AACCUUGAGAGUGGAGCUAUUAAUAUUAGUUAGCAUCAUCAUUUUCAUCAUCACACUUUCACGAGAAGAAACAAAAAACUCUUCUCUUCAUUUUCUCUCACACUCUUUCUCUCUCUUCAAAGUUCAAACCCUAGAAACCUUUCAGAAUACCAUUUUCUGCUGUUCACAUGGUGGCUCAAUCGUUGGAGAUUCGCGAUUCCGUUGCGAAUGAUUGUGUUGUUCCGAAGCUUUUGAAGGUUUCAAUGACUCCUAAGGUGAAGAUUAAGGUGAAAUACGGUGGAAAGAAGCUGAGAGAUGAAUCUAAGGAUGCUACGACGACGGAGGUGACACCAAUGUCGUUGCAACGGAGAUCGAGUUCGAGGAUUCAAGCUAAGCAGAAAGAGGUUGAAGAGAUUCAGCUUCGCCGGAAAGCUGAGGGGGUAGAAGCUGAAGAGAAAUCCGACGAGGUUGAGGUUUCACCGGUGAAGUCGAGGAAGCGUGUGAGGAGAAGUCCUAGUAGGGAGAGUGUGGUUAAGGAGGUUGUUGAGGAGAAAGAGACGACGGAGAAGAAGAAGGAAGAUGUUGUUGUUGAGGGAAAACCGACGAAGAAGAGGAAAUCUGCGUCGGAUGAAAAACGUGAGCUGAUGGAGGUUUGGAAUGAGAAAAUGGCUGCUGAAACUGAAAAUGCUGGCGGUGCAUUGAGUGAUAAGAGCUCAACGGCGAAGGUGAAGGAGACUAUUAGGACUUUUAACAAGCACUAUCUUCAUUUGGUUCAGGAGGAGGAGGCGAGGGUUGCUAAAGAUAACGCUGAAAUUGAGAAGAGAGGUGGUGGAAAGAAAUCUGCUUCUAAAAAGAAAUCUCCUAAAAAAUCUCCUGAGAAGAAAUCUCCUAAAAAAUCUCCUGGGAAGAAGUCCACUAAGAAAGAUGCAGAACCUAAAGAAAAACAACACUCUGCCAAGCGACCUGAUCUGAAAGCCAUAACCAAGAUGAUGCAAAAUAAGGAGAUACUGUACCCUGACAAAAGAAUUGGCAGCAUUCCAGGCAUUGAGGUUGGAUAUCAGUUCUAUUCUCGUGCUGAAAUGGUUGCAGUUGGUUUUCAUAGCCACUGGUUAAAUGGCAUUGAUUUUAUCGGCCAAUCUUAUUCCAAAACGUACCCCAAGCUCAAACUCCCAGUUGCUGUGGCAAUUGUUAUUUCAGGCAUGUAUGAAGAUGAUCUGGAUAAUGCUGAGGAUGUUGUGUACACUGGUCAAGGUGGGCAUAAUUUGACCGGUAAUAAGCGUCAAAUUCAAGAUCAAAAGUUGGAGCGGGGUAAUUUAGCACUCAAGAACUGCUGGGAUCAAAAGGUGCCAGUAAGGGUGAUUCGAGGUCAUGACUCACGUAGCAGUUACACUCGUAAAGUCUAUACAUAUGAUGGCUUGUACAAGGUUGACCGCUAUUGGGCAGAGAAGGGAAUAUCUGGCUUCACAGUAUACAAGUUUCGUCUCAGGAGGGUUGAAGGACAGCCUACUUUAACAACAAAUCAGGUUUAUUUCACAAUGGGACGUGUACCUCAGUCUACAGCAGAAAUACGAGGGUUGAUAUGUGAUGAUAUCACUAACGGUCAGGAAGCUGUGCCCAUUCCAGCUACAAAUUUGGUUGAUGACCCACCUGUUCCGCCGCCCCCAGGUUUCACAUAUUUGAAGUCUCUGAAGGUUGCAAAAGGCGUAAAAAUUCCUGAGAGCGCCUCUGGAUGCAAAUGCAAAGACAAAUGUACUGAUCCAAACACCUGUGAAUGUGCAAAGCGCAAUGGCUCUGAAUUUCCCUAUGUAUCUAAAGAUGGUGGCAGAUUAAUUGAAGCUAAAGACGUUGUGUUUGAAUGUGGUCCCAAUUGUGGCUGUGGUCCUGAGUGUGUGAAUAGGACUUCUCAAAGAGGACUUCACUAUCGUCUGGAGGUUUUCCGUACUGCAAAGAAAGGAUGGGCUGUUAGAUCCUGGGAUUUUAUACCUUCUGGUGCACCGGUUUGUGAGUACACUGGAAUACUUGGUAGGACUGAAGACGUAGACAGUGUAUUGGAAAACAACUAUAUUUUUGAGAUAGAUUGCUUGCAAACAAUCAAGGGGCUUGGUCAAAGGGAGAGGCGGUCAAAAAAUGUAGCAUAUGCUUCAAGUUUGCUGGAAAAAUACGAUGACCAAGAUUCUGAAAGUGCACCAGAGUUUUGCAUUGAUGCAGGGUCUACUGGAAAUGUUGCUAGGUUUAUAAACCAUUGUUGUGAGCCUAAUUUGUUUGUACAAUGUGUUUUGAGCACACACCAUGAUUUGCGAUUGGCUCGAGUGGUGCUGUUUGCCGCUGACAACAUACCCCCUUUACAGGAGCUGACAUAUGACUAUGGCUAUGCGCUUGAUAGCGUCCUGGACUCUGAUGGGAAGGUAAAGCAAAUGGCGUGCUAUUGUGGAGCUACAGGCUGCAGGAAGCGAUUAUUCUAAAUCUCAUGUCCUUUUCUGAGAUAUAAGUAGUAGAUCUUUUUGACGGUUAUCAAGGGCAUAUUUUUUGGUGCAAAUCAACACAUGGUCUCCUAUAACUUCCUAGUGCUCUUGCUAUACCUGGGUUGAUUUGCAGUAUAUUUAUUGGGCCAAAAAUGAAAUUGUAUAGGUUUUAUUUUGCUCGAAGUAGCCCUAUUUAUUGAAUAACACAACUCUAUAACUUGGAUGCUGAGAAAAUAACAGUAUUGAAGCGAAGCAAAUUUCAUUUUAUCAGCAAGAGUAUAUGAAUUAUCAAUUAUAUAAA